AUGAAAGAUUACGACAGCAUCGCGGGGCAAAUCGUAUCUAAAACUGACACAACUGCACAAAUAUUGAUUGCUGUUUCCUUCACAUCAAUUGGUUUCGCGAUAGCGAUAGUGAUUGGAGUUGUGAAGAAGUUCACUGAAAAUUAUGCUCUGAACGUUGCUUUCGUGAUUGUUUAUUCAACAUGUAUGGCUAUGGUGCUUGGCAUUUCCAAUACAGUGUUAAGUCCUGUUACUACUUUUGUCAUCUUCGUAAUCAGUUUGGUAAUCUUCACGUCUGCGUUGCUGAUUGGUGCAGCAAUCCAGACACGUUUAGUGGAUAAAUCAAGAGAUAUCAUUUUAUCAUUUGGUGUCAUAUGGAGUUCUGCUUCGAAAAUUCAUGAAGAAGCACAAGUUGAACAAAUGUAA